GAUAGAAGGAAAUCUUCUGUCUUUUGCUGGCCACAGGUUCACAGGCUGUAUUAAUAGAUAGGAUUAGUGAAGAAGAAUAGGUCAGAAGGCUGCAAAGCUCCUGUCCCUUGAGAUUUCCUUCUUUAGAUCAUUAGUCUUAUUGAGAGCUCCCUUGAAUACAGUGAGCAGAAACUGAGGAAAAGGCUGGAACCAUUUUAUUCACUGGGACGUUCUGGGGAAGGGUGAUUUCUGGGCCAGAAGCUUCACUGAAAAUGUCUGUCCAGUUUUCUGCACAGGCACCCUGGAGGAACAACAACAUCAGUUUUCUGACCAGAGAGGCAGCUGUAACAGAGCAAGGAGAGACAAUCAUAGGUUUCUACCUGUUGGCUUUAGGUUGGUUGUCUUGGUUUGGAAACAGCAUUGUGAUUUUUGUCCUGUAUAAACAAAGACAUCUCCUGCAGCCUACCGACUACCUCACAUUUAACUUGGCAGUGUCAGACGCCAGUAUCUCCGUGUUUGGUUAUUCACGGGGCAUCAUUGAAAUCUUCAAUGUCUUCAGAGAUGAUGGAUUCAUUAUCACGUCAAUAUGGACUUGCCAGGUUGAUGGCUUCCUGACACUUCUCUUUGGCCUGGCUAGCAUUAAUACCCUUACAGUGAUCAGUGUGACACGCUAUAUCAAGGGCUGCCAUCCUGAGAGAGGUCACUGCAUCAGCAACAGCAGCAUGUCGGUGGCUCUGGUUCUCAUUUGGGUGGCAGCUUUCUUCUGGUCCGCAGCUCCACUGCUUGGCUGGGGCAGUUAUACAGAUCGCAUGUAUGGCACAUGUGAGAUAGACUGGGCAAAAGCCAACUUCUCCACAAUCUACAAGUCCUACAUCGUCUCCAUUUUUAUCUGCUGUUUUUUCCUACCUGUCACAGUCAUGGUCUUCUCAUAUGUAUCAAUCAUCAACACUGUCAAACUGAGCCAUGCAUUGACAGGACUGGGUGAUCCCACAGACAGACAGAGGAGAAUAGAGCGGGACGUCACCAGGGUUUCUAUUGUCAUUUGCACAGCCUUCAUUAUUGCAUGGUCACCAUAUGCUGUCAUCUCUAUAUGGUCUGCCUAUGGUCACCCUGUGCCCAACCUUACCAGCAUCCUUGCCAGUUUGUUUGCUAAGUCUGCUAGCUUCUACAAUCCCAUCAUCUACUUUGGAAUGAGCUCCAAAUUCCGAAGGGACAUUUUCAUCUUGUUCCAUUGUGCCAAGGAAGUCAAGGACCCUGUGAAGCUCAAACGUUUCAAAAACCUCAAACCAAAGCAGCCACAGCCUUCUCAGAAAGAAGAGAAGUAUGCACCAGAAAUGCACCCCGCGCCAAGCCCCGAUUCCGGGGUGGGAAGCCCAACCAACACCCCACCUCCAGCAAACAGGGAAGUGUAUUUUGGUAUUCUUGAUACACCAUCCAAUAACCCCAAUAUUGAAUGUGAUAGACUGUGAGUUUUGUGGCUGCUUAAUACACACACACACACUUUGUGUUCAGGAAGACCCUCUACAGAGCAGUGCUUGAGUAAUUUACUAAUUCCCAUUCCAUCUGUUUCUUGCUAUAGCACUGAUGACAAUACAACUCAAGCAAAUCAGAUGGUAAAGAGAUAUUUUCCUUUUAUGUAGGUACAAAAUGCUCCAAAGAACAUUAAAAUGUGGGCAGCACACCCAGUGCCAGAAACACUUGAUUUUCACAUUCAUGCAGGAAAAGAAAGACCAACUUCAGGAGAGCAGGCAUUAGCUAACAAAAUUAACUAAUAUGUUUCUAUCCAAAUUUUACCAAUUCUGAACUACAUUUCCAUGUCUUUUGCUCUUUAACAGUCACAGCAAUAGAUGAUUGUUUUAACUCUGUGCUACUUCACAGCCAUGGCUGUAGGAGAAGAUGGGCCUUGCUAAGAUUGCUGCUACAGCUCCAAAGGCUGCAAGGUGGCAGAAAAAGCCAUGUUCCCCUGCAGGGUACCCAGGUGUGCCCACCAUAGAGCCCCACAGGCACUUCAUGGGAGUGUGUGUGAUCAUAAGAUCAGAUAAUACUUUGUGUUGGAAGGAACCUUAUAGAUCAUCUUGUUUCAGCCCCCUUGCCAUGGGCAGGGACACCUUCCACUGGACCAGGUCGCUCAGAGCCCCAUCCAACCUGGCCUUGAAUG